AUGUGUGAAUACUUCAGCAAACCUGAAUUCAUGACAAGAUCGAAGAGGGAAAGUGAUGCGAGAAAGAGACAAGCUCUAAACCACACAAAUGGUAGUGAGAGCUUUGCAAGAAAGACAUUUGAAAGGAGGGUAAAAGGUCUAGCUAUCGAUCCUUUGACGAUGUUCAAUGAGACGCAUAAAGAUGCGCAUCAGAAGCUUCCUCCAGUAUGUGCAGAAUGGAAGAAGGAGAUGAAUGACUUGCUUGAGAAGAAGCAAAGAGGGGAGAUUGACUGCUCGUUGGAAGAAAUAUAUAACAGAGUUGUUGAUUCUAGUCGGCUUGGUCGUAAAAGGCGUCGAAAGCAAGCUGCUCUUCCAACCUAUUAUUCCAGAACUGAUGAACAAUUGGCUGCAGUCAAAGAACAACUUGAUGCUGCAAACAGGAAAAUAGAGAGGAUGAAAAAGAAAUUUAGGUCAAGCUCCUCUGCACUGGAUCCAAAUGAAGAUAGUGAAACAGAAGACGAUGAGGAAGAAACGGAGGAUGAAGAAGAAAAUAUGGAGGAUGGCCAGUAUAGGAAUGACGAGGAGUUGGAGCAGCAUGAUGAAGCAGAAGAAGAUGAGGAAUAA